AUGGAAACUUUAACAACCUCAAUUUACGAGCAUCAAAACGUGCCUAGGAGAAGACCUCAAACAUGCAAGCCAAAAAUACUAGAUGAUUAUAACAUAAAAAAGGUCUCAAGCCUUAAAAGUAUUGACCAAAAGCCUGAUGUUUUUGAAAGGCUUUAUAUAGUAGCUAUUAAUUUCUGCGCACCAAAAAUAUUUUUUAUGCCAAAAUUAUAAUAAUUUUGGCUUUAAAAUUAAAAAAUGACUGAAGGCUAUAAGCAAAAUAAUAAAUAAACUACAAUAGGAGACCUAAAUCUGCUAUGAAUACAAGAAAUGGCUUUUUUAAUGGAAGCUGCAUGCCGAGGUCCCCAAUUCCUUUAAACUCAUUAAUAGCUGUUCUUAAAGACUCUAUGCACAAGCAAUUAACAGAAAAAUCCAACUCUUCUUUUGAAAUUGGCUCAAAAUACCCGGGAGUCCAUGCCGGAAAUUUAUCGAUGAUUUCUGACGAUCUCUGCAAAGCGGACGGAAUUAAUUCUCCACAAAGCAAUGCUAAAGUUUUUAGACCCACUGUUUCAAUAAAUGCUUAUAAAAUUUACCAAGCUGUAGAGCAGUUUUCAUAUGAUGAUUUUGAUGUGCUAAAUAAAAAUACAAAUAAAGAAAGUUUAUAUAAAACUCAGCAGAGCAGAGUAGAAAAAUCAAAAAUUAUUUUGAGGAGAAGGCCGAAACCACAAAAUGCACCAAGUUUAGUAAUAAAGAAAAAACCUAUAAAUAAGUCGAGUUCUCAUGUGUCUUUUAAUGAGAAAGUGAGGAAUAUUUUUAAUUCAACUGUGCCUUAUACAAGAGAAAAUGAUUCUGAAGAAGAAGAUUUAAUCCCCUUGGAGAGAGAGUAAUGAAUUUUUUGUUCGUUAAUGGAUGGUUUUUUUUAUUAAAUAAUUAUAUUACUUUCGCCUAAUAUAAGGCUUUUUUGACUUUCUAUCUGUAUGUUGUUCAGUAACGAGGGUUUUUAAUUGUUGGCUAGCUAGUAAGGGGAGUUAGAAAUUGCUAAGGAAAAAGAAAAAGUUUCAAUUACUUCUAUAAUAAGAAGAUCAUCUAGUAUGAAAUCAAAUUCUCCUUCUUUAUUAAGACCAUCGCUUACAAUCAGUAAAGUAGUUAAGCCUAGCUUGAAGAGUAAUAAUGAAAGCCAGAAUGAUGAAGAAGCCUUUAAAUCUUCACAGCCAAGCCCCUUUCCUCAUGAUUACUUAAAUCCAACCCAUGAAGCUUCAUCAUAUGUUUCAUCUAAUAAUACCCCUAAACGUCAAGAAACACAAGGAAAUAAAUGAAUGAGCAUAGGAUUGAGCCCUGUCUCACUGGUAGAAGUCAAAGCAAAAGGCCGAGCCAAGCCUCAGUCUCCUAGUUCAAUUUGGCCCAAAAUCUUCAAGCAUUCAUUAAUAAUUAAUUGCUAUAGAGAAGCUUUCGGCCAGACCACUAAUGUUUUUUCAUGUCCCUUGCUUCGAACCAUGGAGUUGUGGGAGUUGUGGGAGCUGCGGGGGUUUUGGUGUUUUUGGGAGCUGUGGGAGCUCUGGUGUUGUGGGAGUUGUGCUGUGGGAUUUGUGCUGUGGGAGUGGUGUGUGGAAGUGAUGUUGGGGAAAUUGUGUUGUGGGUGCUGCACGGUGGAGAUGUGUUGUGGAAGUUGGACUAUGGGAGCUGUGUUGCGCGAGCUGUGCUGUGGAAGACAUUGUGGGAGCUGUAGGAUAGGGCUAAACAUGCUUUUUUUUCUUGCUUCGCACCACCCCUUGCUGUCUGCCUGAUUACACUGCCUAAAGCUUGUGCUGCUCCCUCCGGACAAGAGCCUUCACUACCCGAGGUAAAGACGCUGGCACUACGUCGAAGGGUUACCCUUUCAAAAAAUUCAAAAAGUGAAUUUUCUGGCUCUAGGCCGAGAUGGAACAUUAGCCCAGUGCGCAGCUCCUGGUAUCACUCUAGGAAAAUGCCCGAUUGGUCGAACGAAACCCUUAAACCUUGCUGGGCUAUCCCUUUCCAACUUCCAAGUCUCAUCCCCCUAGGGGUAAAACCUUGCCCUAGAUGUGAGCAUGCAGUAGGCAACCCGACAUUGCCUACCAGACCAAGUAAAACCCAGAUGUACACACCUACGCCAUUUUUAUGUGUCAAAAUCUUCAAGUAAUGAUCGAAAACCUUGCAAUCAAUGUUUUUCACUCCCAAAAAUGAUAGAAAUUUCUCCAUUUGGCACAUAUGUAAAAGGGAAAAAAGUCCAGUAUCAAGCAGGGUCUAUGUUUACACCAACCAAAAAUUUUUCUAUGACUCCAAACCAUUUUUUAAACUCUGAUUAA